GACGUGUCGAGUCUCUUUUACAAUUUCGUCGAGAACGUUUCACGUGGAAUAAUAAAAAAAAGAAACAAUCGUCUUUUUGUGCGCUACGAAUCUCGUGUUGAAUCCGUAAAGAGUUGAAAAUAACAAACAAACACUUUCAAUCAUGAAGGGAACUAUUGCGUUGGUGUUGGCUGUCGCAUGCAUUUUCGCAUUGUACGCCGAGGCGAGUGCGCAUCCGUCGGAUGUGGGUACCAAGCCAAAAGAUGUCAAAGAGCCCAAGGAGAUCAAGGAUUCUGCUACCGCGUCGAAGGAAGUUAAGGACGCCAUUAAAAACGCCAAGGAUGCAAAGAAAAAGAAGGACUGCGCCAAACCCUGUCCCGUAGCUUACGAUCCCGUCUGUGCUCAUGAUCCCGCUGACCCCGCCUUCAAACCCGUGACCUUCGGAACUCCCUGCGCCAUGGAAGUCCACAAUUGCGAAAUGGGCAAAAAAUUGGCUGUAAAGACCAAGGGCGCAUGCCCCGGAGCUGUUGGCCUCCAUCUCUAAAAAGUGUAUCUGAGGGAGCUUCAACAACUUCAUUAUUGCAUAAUAAAUACGCAACAAAUAUAAUGUAUAAACUCAUUCCAAAAACCACUAACAUGCAUUUAAUUUCGAAUAACGCUCUAUUCGAAAUGGUAAUUUUACCAAAAGCAAUACACGAACAGGUAUUAUACGAGUUAAUGUUAAUGCGAUUAAAAAUAUUAGUCGAGAUCUAGAUUAAUCCAGUAUUAAUCUUGAUGUAAACACGAAGGAAAGAAAUGUAUAAAAGAGGAAAGAGAAUAUUAAAAAAAUCUAGCGGAAUAAAA